AGAACUGUGCGGAGAUCGCUCCAAGAGCUUCGAACACCAGAAGCUUCAAGAGUCGGCUCCUUGGAGACCAAGAGGCAGACCGACAGAAUGAAUGAACGCCAAUCCCUGAGCCGUGCCCCGCUCAGGCGGUGCGGGCCGUCCGGAAAACCACCUCAGAGGGCGACCUAGCUGCGCUCUCCUCCGCGCUCAACACUGGCCCAAGUGCGCACCCCCACUCGCACCCCUGCUACCCGAUUCCCUUCACGCACCGCGCACCCAGCCUCGGAGCAGACGGCCCUCAUCCUGGCCAGCCUCCGCCCCGGAGGCCCACGUCUAACGCGCCUCUGCCCGCCCCACCGCACACUACACAGUACCCUCAGACGCGGGCCUGAUUCCGCGGAAACGCCGCUUCCCACCAGCGGAAGUAAGGCAACGGCACCGCCUGACGUGCGCGCCCCCGGAGCGCGGAAGUUGGACGUCAAGGAGCAUGCGCACAACGAUAGGCGCCAUCUUGUUUUAGGGCCUCUGAAGCCACAGGGCUAAUACGUCAGUUAAGGGAAAAAGUGAUAGAUAGAUGGAUGGUAAAUAGAUGAUGGAAUGCACUAAACCAGUAGCAAUCAAUAAAAAAUUUUGUUUUUCACAACUUCUGGAACCCAGAAGGUUCGGCUUCCCUCUGCAUAAACCCAGACAACUAGAAUCACAGCUUCCGUAGACGCUAAAGCGAUUCUCUUCCUGCCCUUCUGUAUUUGGAGGCUUAGCCAAGCCUGUCCUUGACUCUCCUGCCUCACCCACUCGAGUGCUACAGUCACAGGAAUGAAUAUGCGACUGAACUAGCAUAACACCUACACUUCUUACUGGCUUUGAAAUUCUAGCCCCAACGCCCACAGCCUGUGAAUGGGCGGAGCCUCGUCCUGGGGAAAACUCGGCAGUGGGAGGGGCCUCCUCUCGAAGAGCUUCCGGAACCUUUCGGGCAGAGGCGGAGUCUUCUGCCGAGGGCCCUUCGGAAAGAGGCGGAGCCUACCUCGCAUCAGGACCAGUCGGACUGCACCUGCAUCCUUAGCUCAGAGCAUCCCUGGAGCAUCUAAGAGGAAAGCGCAGCUAGCAACCAGGGAUCGGACUGUCGCAGGGGCAGUCUGCCAGGCACCUUCCCCUCCCCUGAUCUGGAGGUCUACGGCCGCGGCCUCGGUACUCACCGAGAUUCCCAAAGUUGUCUGACCUCUGCAAAAGUGUUGCUAUCAGCAGCCUCUGAUUACAACAUGGCUGAGAUCACAAAUAUACGCCCCAGCUUUGAUGUGUCACCCGUGGCGGCCGGCCUCAUCGGGGCCUCUGUGCUGGUGGUGUGUGUUUCUGUGACUGUCUUUGUGUGGACAUGCUGCCACCAGCAGGCAGAGAAGAAGCACAAGACCCCGCCAUAUAAGUUCAUCCACAUGCUGAAAGGCAUUAGCAUCUACCCAGAGACCCUCAGCAACAAGAAGAAAAUCAUCAAAGUUCGGAGAGACAAAGAUGGUCCUCGGAGGGAGAGUGGACGAGGGAACCUGUUAGUAAAUGCCGCCGAGUCUGGCCUGCUGAGCCAAGACAAGGACCCCAGAGGGCCUAACGCUGCUGCGUCUUGUAUAGACCAGUUACCCAUCAAAAGAGACUAUGGGGAAGAACUGAGGAGCCCCAUGACAAGCCUGACCCCUGGUGAGAGCAAAGCCACCUCCCCAUCUUCACCAGAGGAAGAUGUGAUGCUAGGAUCCCUUACCUUCUCGGUGGACUAUAACUUUCCCAAAAAAGCUCUGGUGGUGACAAUCCAAGAGGCCCACGGGCUGCCAGUGAUGGAUGACCAGACCCAGGGCUCUGAUCCCUACAUCAAGAUGACCAUCCUUCCUGACAAGCGGCAUAGAGUGAAGACCCGUGUGCUCCGCAAGACCCUGGACCCUGUAUUUGAUGAGACCUUCACCUUCUACGGCAUCCCGUACAGCCAGCUACAGGACCUGGUGCUACAUUUCCUCGUGCUCAGCUUUGAUCGCUUCUCUAGGGAUGACGUCAUUGGGGAGGUCAUGGUGCCGCUGGCUGGAGUGGACCCCAGCACCGGCAGGGUUCAGCUGAUCAGGGACAUCAUCAAGAGGAACAUCCAGAAGUGCAUUAGCAGAGGGGAGCUCCAGGUGUCUCUGUCAUACCAGCCCGUGGUACAGAGAAUGACAGUGGUGGUCCUCAAAGCCAGACACCUGCCCAAGAUGGAUAUCACCGGUCUCUCAGGUAAUCCUUACGUCAAGGUGAACGUCUACUAUGGCAGAAAGCGCAUCGCCAAGAAGAAAACCCACGUAAAGAAGUGCACUUUGAAUCCAGUCUUCAACGAGUCCUUCAUCUAUGACAUCCCCACUGACCUCCUGCCCGAUAUCAGCAUUGAGUUCCUUGUCAUUGACUUCGAUCGCACUACUAAGAAUGAGGUGGUGGGGAGGCUGAUCCUGGGAGCACACAGUGUCACGGCCAGUGGUGCGGAACACUGGAGGGAGGUCUGCGAGAGUCCCCGGAAGCCCAUAGCCAAGUGGCACAGUCUGAACGAGUACUAAUCCUUUCUCGCCUCCGACCCUGGGGCCAGGCUGGGGAGGCACGCGGCGGGCGGGGAGAGAGGUGGCAGAGAAGCUGACUCAAAACCUCAUUUUAGUCGUAGAAGAAAAUUUCUUACAAAACAAACCACACAAAGAACAUCCUACUCCACACAGCUGCAGAUCAGUUCUUAGCGUGAGGACUAUUUUCUUCUUUGCAAGGCACUAGACGAUCUUUUGUUUUUAAAAUGAGGGGAGGGAGAGAAGGAAAGACCCCCACAGUCUAUAUAUAACAAUGUAACCUUAUACUUGCAUGUCUAAUACAAACAAGAAAUUAGCCUAACCGA